CUUAUCCUACUGAGAGAAACUGAGACCAGAAGAAAGCGGAGAUUUUGAGCGGGGACUGCAGUGGCUGUGUUCCCUUUAGCAAACAACUCUUCACAGACGACUCUGCCAUCUGUAUCUGUUUAAUAACUGGGAUCGAGUAAGGACGGAGUAAACGACGGGCUAUUCUGAGGUCAUACUGCUGAGAUGAUAAGGCUGUGAUACUGGCCGUUCAUCUGUGUCUGUACUGGACAAAUUCACGCAACAUGGCUGCUGCUAAGAAGAGCUGCGCAAAGACGGGAGGCGUGCGCUUCUCGGAGGAACCUCCUACUGCCGGAGCCCCAUCACAUGUUCAUUUCGAUGAGAAGUUACAUGACUCUGUUGUCAUGGUGACUCGAGAGGAUGACGGCAACUUCAUGGUCAAGGUUGGCUUCCUGAAGACACAGCACCGCUACGAAAUUGUGUUUACCCUGCCGGAGGUCUCAGGUCUGGGUAGAGAUGUAUGUCCAGCACCAGUGCCCAGUCCACACCUCCGGAUCACUGACAUCACACCAGCACCGGAAGGAGGCCUGAAGAUAAAGUGUGAGUACAUUGCCCUGCAGGAGGGAGUUCUGUGUGAGGAGGUGCUGCUGCUGAGUGAAACCAACGAGGAUGUCUGUGUCAGAGUCAAAGUUCACGCCAGAAUCAUGGAUCGUCACCACGGUACACCCAUGCUGCUGGACGGAGUUCGCUGCAUCGGUAUGGAGCUGGAGUACGACUCUGAGCAGAGCGACUGGCAAGGAUUUGACUAAAUCUCAGCUCCACGUCACACCUGUAGUAAACACAUCCACUAACACACAUCUGCCAUGUCAGAAGCAUACAACUUCCAGUCCUUUCCUCAUAUAGAGAAGCUUCUACACUGAUUUGUACACACAUAGGAUUAGUGCGGUGCAGAGUCUCAGCCAGCAGUGUGAGUCACUCCUGCCUCAGCUCAGUGUCGCACCUCAGAAGAAAACGGAUAAAGCGCUUCAUCCUCUGAUGAGAAUCAUUCCUCUGCCGUGACUUUUUUCAGCAUCUGCACCAUCACAAUGAACAUUUGAUCACUUUAAACUUCUUUCUGCAAGCUCUCCAACCUUCCUCACCAUGUGUGUUUUCCUAAGUUCACCUCUAGAGGGCAGCAGAGCUCUGAUAAUCAGUCCAGGAUCAGCUUUUACUGCAAGUUUAGCUUCAGUUCUCUCUUCGCUUGGAUUUAUAGGUUUAGAAGUACAUAAGGGCUCAUAUGAAUCAAAGCUUCCACCUAAAGAAAUAAAUAAAUCGGCUGAAUUCAUAGAAUUUCAGUUGAGCUGAGUAGAAACACUGAUAUCGCAAGGGGCACUCUAAGACUACUGGAGGUAAUGCUGCUCCUAUCUGAAGUCCUUUCUUAGCAAACUGCUGCUAUGUGGACACACUUUUUCCAGCUUGGCCAGUCUAAUGUGAUUCUAUAGUUUUAGUCUUUGAAAUCAGAUGCAUUUUAGGAGCAGGCAUUUCUAUUGUACUGACUUUAAUGUAAGCCAGCUUAUGCUAGUACUGCUGACACAGUUGUGUCAUCCUCCAGGCUGCUGCUUAGGAAAUCUGAAUGAAUAGGAAUAGGUCAGCUUGUUUCACUUAUUUUUAUUUGCAGCUGCAGAUCUGGAAGAUGGGGAAAAUGAAGCCUCAAUACUUCAGGAAGAUGACACUAAUCUGUUGAUGUAUUUUAGGGUUUUUUAUGUUGGGUUUCUCCUUGUGUGUUAUUUUCUUUUUCUAUGUCUUGUUUUUUUUUCUUUUACAUUUAAAAAUGUACAAUCAAAUGAUGAAAUUGAAUCAUAAAUGCACUGCAAAGACUGCAAAACCACUGAUUAACUGAUCUGUGAAUCUGCAGAAAUAAUUGCCUUUGCUUUAAAUGUGCUAUAAAAAAUCUAUUUUGGUUUGAUUAGAAAAUUAAACUUUUGUUAUAAUCUUAAACUCUCAAGCAGUAAUGCCAAAAUUCAUGUUCAAGAAUGUGAGGUCUGUUUUAAAUGCCAUAUUGUUGGAUGUUUUACUAUCACUUAGAGCAAUUUAGUUUUCUUAUCUUGUUUAGACCAAAUUAUUUUGUCAUUUAUCAAUCAAAUCAAAUCAAUCAAGCAUUCAGCUAAUCAUCAGUGACUAUAAUUUUAUUUCUUAUAAAAUAUUCUUAUUCUAGCCACCUAAUAUCUUAUUUUAAUCCACCUAAUAUUAUAGCCAGAUAAAGACAGUUUGGAAAUACUUUUUCUUUUCUUGAAUUCGUAAAGCCUUCAGAAACACUCGUGUGACACAAGUGCCUUUCAUUCCACCGUCCAGACUCUUUUAACUUCACUCCUUUUUAACCAUCAGAUAACAUCUCCAAUCAGCGUUUUGGUGAAACUGUGUAUGUUGAAGCGCUUCUGGGUUCAGCAAAGAAAUGAAAAUGAAUAUUGUUGGCUUUACCAUGUGGUAGGAAACAUGCCUGUGUGUAGCCUUUCCAGUGUAAACUCCCUCUUCUUCCUCCAGCUUGUCUCCAACAGCUGUGUUUGACUUUUAAAGAGCAGAUCGGAGUGUUGCAGACAGGCCACUUUGUCUGCUGUUCGCUCUGAUCAUUUAUGUUUCUGCUUAAUGAUUAAGUGCCAAGAACCGGCUGCACUGCCAUCUCAUGUAUUUCUGAGUAAUAUUUCCUUCUUGUUGGUCAGCUUUGAAGUGAAUGCAUUAAGCCUUAAAUGAAACACUUUGUUGUGUGUUUUCUCUUCAUUUCAGACCAGAAGCUGUUAGUGUAGAACAGAUAAAUAUAUUUCAUUGAUGUUUUUUCUUUUUUGGGUAAUAGGUCAAACUCCUGUCUUAGUAUAAAAACUGAAGAAACUUGAUAGGUUAGUGUUUCAUGAAUGUAACAGUUAAUUUGUUGGCGCCUGCUCCCUAUGUAUGUGACUUGUGUUUUUUAAUGUCAAAAAUGAAUAAAGAAGUGUGUUUUGA